GGGCGGAAAAAGUGUUCGUCUGCGAAAUGCGAAAAGUUUCAGUCCCUCAAGGGAGAUCUGCAAGGAAAUGGUGUUUGAUGAGUUGAAGCGAACAUCGAUAAACCCGUGAAUCUCUGGACAAACAAAUGGAAGAAACACACGAAAUCGGACGUAUAAUAAAAGCGCGCUCUUAAAAUUUCAGGAAGAGUUGGGGCCGUAAUUGUUGGAUGCUAUUUGCUUUCACCAUCCAAUGGAUACUGUUGUAAUUCAUUGUUUCUGAAUGACUCUUGGUGCGGUUCACAAGAUUGAUCUAAAGCAUUGGAUAUACAAAGCUUGAAGAAGAGGUGUAUUAUCCCUUUCUGGGUCCACCACUAAGGAAUUAAAGAGUUGUGUCGUUUCGAAUUCUCACAAGAUGACGGUUAAACUCGACUUUGAAGAGUGCCUGAAAGACUCCCCGAGAUUCAGGGCUGAAAUUGACACUGUGGAGGCUAAUGUUAAUGAAUUAGAGUCAAGACUUGAAAAGUUAGUGAAACAGUGCCACACUAUGCUGGAGACGGGUCGAGUGUAUUGCCAGAACAGUAAAAGCUUUGUAAAUGGGCUGAAAGAGCUGGGACAUCACUGUUCUGAGGACAGCACUAUAGGGGAGUGUUUAGACAAGUUUUCCAAAAAACUGUCAAACAUCCUUGGUGCUCAAGAGGAGGUUAUUGAAACCACACAGAAGUCUGUGAAGUUAAAACUGCAGAAUUUUGUGAAAGACGAUGUGAAACGUUUUAAGGAUGUGCGUAAGGAAUUUGAGCGGAACAGUGAAAACCUGGAGGCAGCAGUGGGCAGGAACGCUCAGGCACCACGGGGAAAACAGCAUGAGGUGGAAGAUGCCAGCAAUAACCUGUUGAGCACAAGGAGAGCAUUCAGAUCAGGAGCACUGGACUAUGUGUUACAGAUUAAUGUAAUAGAGUCAAGGAAGAAGACCGAAAUUCUUAUGGCGAUGCUUUCUCUUAUGGAGGCCCAGGCUCUGUUCUUUCAGCAAGGUUACCAGUCACUCACAGAACUGGAAAACUAUCGCAAGGAGUUGAAGGAUGAGUACACUCAACUGGUCCUGAAUUCUGCAAGAGAGAAAAGAGACAUGGAGCAAAGACAUGCUGCUGUCAAGAAAAAGGACGUGACGUAUGAUGACUCCAUUAUGGACUUCAGCCCAGAUGCACCCAAUGGCAUCGUAAUGGAAGGUUACCUGUACAAAAGAGCUAGCAAUGCUUUCAAAACAUGGAGCAGGCGUUGGUUUUCCAUUCAGAAAAACCAGUUGGUUUACCAAAAAAAACAUAAUGAGCAGCCCACUGUUGUUGUGGAGGACUUGCGUUUAUGCACAGUAAAGCACUGCACUGAACAAGAAAGACGUUUUUGCUUUGAGGUCGUCUCUCCAUCUAAGAGCUGCUUGCUGCAGGCUGAUUCAGAGCGCCAGCAGCAAGGCUGGAUCAAUGCUGUUCAAAACAGCAUAGCCUCAGCGUUCCAAGAGAGAAGAGAUGACACUCUAAGUCCUAGAGAUCGCUGUAGUUCAGUGUCCGGGGGAAAUGUGCGUUUGAGUGGAAGUGGAGGGGAGUCUGAAACUUCUGGUCGGGAGGCGUUGGAAGAGGUGCAGGCCAUUCCGGGGAACAGGCAGUGCUGUGACUGCGGGGAACCAGGACCCGACUGGGCCUCUAUUAAUCUGGGCAUUACAUUGUGCAUCACCUGCUCUGGUAUACACAGGAGUUUAGGUGUCCACUUUUCAAAGGUACGAUCCCUUACGCUGGACUCCUGGGAACCUGAGCUCAUCAAACUCAUGUGUGAGUUAGGAAACGCAGCUAUAAACAAGAUCUAUGAGGCUCGUAUAGAUGAGAUCACCAUCAAGAAGCCCCACCCCUCUAGUCCAAGGCAAGACAAGGAAUCAUGGAUUCGCUCAAAAUAUGUGGAGAAGAAAUUCAUCCACAAGCUCCCGGAGACUGGUAGAGGUCCGCUCCUGCGACGUUCCAGUGCUCGACGUAAUCGAGCAACUACAGAAGACAGACAGACCGCACGACCCGCACUCAAACCGAAACCCACACGAGCCACUCUGCCACGACUUACAGGCUUGACCCCAAGUGACAUAAUGAAGAACAAUUCCAGCGCUCCUAAAGAGAAUGAUGAAGAGGAAGAUCUUAGUGGCCUUCAUCCUGGGGCUUUGCUGUAUCGAUCAGCGGCCAUGCAACAUUUCCCAAUCAUGGCAGACGCUCUAGCGCACGGCGCCGAUGUCAACUGGGUCAACUUGGCGGAAGACAGCAAAACUCCACUAAUACAAGCUGCUAUGGCAAACUCCUUGGCAGCCUGUGAGUUCCUCCUGCAGAACGGAGCUCAUGUUAACCAGGUGGACUCCAAUGGGAAAGGACCACUACACCAUGCUACUAUACUUGGACAUACAGGGCUGGUGUGUCUGUUUCUGAAAAGAGCAGCAGACUACAACGCCAAAGAUAAUGAGGGUAAAGACCCUAUCGGCAUAGCCAUAGAUAAUGCCAAUGCAGACAUCGUCACUCUACUCCGGAUAGCCAAGAUGAACAAGGAGAUGCGGGAGAUGGACGGCACUCCAUCAGGUGACGAUACCUACCAUGACAUCUUCAGGGAUUUCUCACAAAUGGCCUCCAACAACCCAGAGAAGCUUAAACGACGUAGCACCGACAUGAAAUAAACCAUUCGGCCACUAGAUAUCAGUGUUACGCCAUGCGCACACACACACACACACACACACACACUUGCACAUAUCAGAGUACAAGAUAAAGUUCAUUAUGGUUUUCAUGCUGAAUCAUCAUGUGGAGGCCCUAGACAACAUAGAAAACUGUAACCUGCAUUGAAAAGCAGGUUAAUUUGUUUUUUCUGCCUUAAGUGAGAAUUUAAGCGUGAAUCUAAAAAUGCAGGUUUUAACGUAGGCUAUUUAUUCUAGUUUUGGCUUAAGCAUUGUACCUAUAUGGUGCUUAGCAUGUAGUGAACUGAUAUUUACAGUCAAUUGUUUCUGCGGUCAAAAUUGCCAUUAUUUAUCUAAUGAGGGACUUUUGUUCUUCUGAUAAUUUAUAACGGAGCAAGUUUUCAGGUUCAUGCUUAGGAAGUGACAAAUAGCUAAGCAAACCCGAGGUGAAGUUUACCUUUAAAUGCUUUUAAAUUAGAAUUUAAAACAGUGAAUGCAUUUCUGAUUUGAAUGAUUUAAAAUGUAAAUUAAUGUUUUUCCUCUCUUGUUUACUCUUUUCAGAGCCACAGUGUUAACGCAACUUGAAUGUAAACUGUUGUUUGGGUGGGAGAUCUUUUUUAACUUUUCUUUAUAAUAGAAUUGUAUUUCUUCUUGUUUUAAGACUCAAGCAAAACAUUCGAAAAAGGGUUUACUUGCUAUUUUAUAAGUAGGCCUCUGCAAUGUUCUCAGCAACAUUUACUGUACAAAUGAACUACCCUAAAAAUGGUAGAUGUGUAGCUAAAUAAAUAAUACUUCUUA